UUUUAUUUUGGAUUUAUUUAAGCAACCUUUUCUCAAAUUUCAAAACCCAUCAAGAAAAAUCAUUUCUCUAUAUGGGUUUAUUCACAUUUGAUCCGAUUUAGUGUAAACAACCCCCAUAAACGCACACACAUAUACACACAGUGACACAGACAAUGAUGGAGAAAGUGUAUGUAGCAAUCGGGAAUGACGUACAAGAAGGGUUUGCAACUCUCGAAUGGACACUAAGAAAAUGGUCUUCUUCUCAAAUCUCCAUUGUUAUCCUUCAUGCAGAUAUCAACAGGGACUUCGUUUACACAUACUAUGGAAAACUCCCUGCAAGUUAUGUGAAUGAUGAGAGUGUCGACUUACUCAAUAAGUAUCAACAAGGAAAACUGAACAAGAUUCUACAACAAUACAUAGAUUUUUGUGGCGAGGUGAAAACAGAAACUUUAAAUAUCGAGAAAUAUGAUGAACCAAUACAUAAACGAAUCCUGCAACUAAUAUCAGGUCUUCGAAUAUGCAAACUAGUGAUAGGAGCUACUUUCUUCAGGAAAUUUGGAAAUUUAAUAAUGGGAUUAAAGAAAAUUCAGCAAAAGAAGCCUAAUUUCUGUGAAUUAUACUUAAUAAGUGGAGGGAAAUUGAUCUUUUUGAAAGAAGAAAAUAAUGAGGGAUUUAUAGAAGACGAUCAAGGGGUGAUUAUAGCUAAAUUAAACAAAAAGAGAGGUAGCUUUAAAGGUUGGAUCGGAAAAAUGUAUCCAAAAAGCCCUCGGGAUUCGCCUUCUUCUUCAUCAAGCGCGGAUCCACCUUCAAUUUGGGAGAGAUCUGCAGAAGAGAUUGAAGAGUAUUUCAACAACUUGCUGGAUUCAAAUGAAGAUGAAGAAGAAUCAGAAAUUGGGCAAGCUUCAAAUGCUAUUCUGGAGAACAAUGGAUUCACAGAACUAGAUAUACCCCAAGAUUUGAAUUCGAGACAGAAAACUGGAUUCCUGAGAGUUAAAAUAGGUGAAGCGAAGGACGCCAUACAUUUGAAGAGAAGAGAAGCCAAAGAAAGUGUUCAAAGAUAUUCAAAAGCGGAAUGGGCGAUUACCCUUUGUAAUUCAAGGGUGGAUGAUAUUGAAGCUCGAUUAAACGAAGAAACCACAAAACGAGGAGAUCUAGAGAAGGAAUUAGAAACCGUUACAGAGCAACUCACUGAAACCCGGAAUGGAAUCGAGCAAACCAGAAGUACGAUUGAUUCCACCUUCGAAAUCCAACGGGAGCUUUCAAACAAACUCAAAUCAUCCACACUCUCAAAAUCCCAAUCCGAAGAACAAUUAACCAAAAUGAUCCACAAACGUGUUGACAUGAUUCAAGAGAUCGAAAAACUCCGGAAACAAAAAGACGUCAUGCAACGAAGAAUCGAGUUUUGCAGAGAUAAAGAAGCCAUAGAAACAGCCGCAAGAUUGAAUCAUUUGACCUUUUUUUACAAAGAGUUUACACCCGAUGAGAUCAAAUCAAGCACUGAACACUUCUCAGAACAUUCCAGAAUAAAAUGUUCUGGGGAUUUCACAAACGUGUAUCGAGCUCGAAUCAAUCAUACAACAGUUGCUAUCAAGUUAUAUGAAGUUUCAGAAGAAGAAUUUGGUAGCAAGGUAAAGAUUAUAAGCAGAUUACAACACCCACAUUUGGUAGCCAUGUUAGGGUUCUGUACAGAGCUUAAAUGCGUCGUAUUCGAGUAUAUGCACGGAAGUUGUCUCCGGAAUGUUCUCUUCUCCAAUAGUCGGAAGAAACAAGCUUUAAACUGGAGAUCCAGAGUCUGUAUUGCAACAGAAGUUUGUUCAGGGUUGACUUUUCUCCAUCUAUCCAAACCCAAAUCCAUCGUUCAUGGCAAUCUGAACCUAACCAACAUACUUUUGGAUCGAAAUAAUGUUGCAAAACUACAUGGGUUUCGACUGGAUUCUUCAUAUAACGAAUCUGAUAUCAGAUCUGAUGUUAAAGAUUUCGGGGGUUUGGUGUUACAGCUGCUAACCGGAAGAAAUUGGAGUGGGAUUCUUGAUGAGGUAAAUGAAGCUUCGGUUAUGGAGGUAUUAGAUCAGAGAGAUGGAGAGUGGCCAUUGCAUGUGGCUAUGGAGCUUGCAAGAUUAGCGAUAAAGUGUUCAGGUGGGAUUACAGGGAUGACAAUGGUGAUGAAGGAGAUGGAAGAGGUGAGGAAGAAGGCGGAUGAAGUUGGAAAUAAUAAGAUUAGUGUCGAUUGUGAUGAGGAGACUGUUAUACCCUCUUUCUUUUUUUGUCCUAUAUUGCAGGAUAUAAUGAGGGACCCACAUGUUGCUUCAGAUGGAUUUUCGUAUGAGUUUAGUGCUAUAGAGAGGUGGUUUGGAAUGGGGCAUAAUACGUCGCCAUUGACAAACUUAGAGCUAGAACACAAUCGGCUUACUCCUAAUCAUACCCUUCGUUCUUUGAUUCAAGAUUGGCAUAACAAAAGAUCGAUUUCUGUAUCAUAAAUUGUAUGUAAAUGUAAGUGUAGCUAUACAAAAUGUAUAAAUGGAGACAUGAGUUUCUUGAUCUUGAUCAUGAUGAUAAUUGUGGUG